AUGUAUGAAGAAUGGCCAUUGUUGGAAUUUCGUUCGCUACAACACACCUCUACGUUGACACUGUUUUCGAAAGGAGCUGGAGAGUAUGUGGCCGAAGUGUUAAUGAAAGAAAUUUUGGAGAAUGCCGAAGCUUCAGUGGCCGACAGCUGGCACGUAGAAACUGAAGAACAACUCUCGUGGCUUAUGCAAGUGAUAUCGUAUGCGUUGACGUUGUCGUAUUCACCAUCAAGGGAGUAUGAAGCGCUCAGAGCAGCCGUGCGAACCUACGUGAUAUGGCUGAGCGCUCUGAUCAAUGAAUCGCAUCCAAGUGUACCAAAGCCUUUGAAGCAGAACCCUCAGAAAUAUACUAGUGAGAUGAUCGAUGCGUUGCGAUUAAUAUUCACUCGUCAUACUACAGCAGCAUGCUCGGAGUCGUCGUCGACACACCACUCAUUGAAUUCGUUGACUGUGCUGGGACAGUCUUGCACUGCAGCAGCAGCGAGUGCCCAUCAGCAACUAUCAGAAAGCGAUCAGAUCCACAUCACACGUCAAUCACAGCAGAUGCAGAUCAUCCUCAAAGCAAUCACAACACUCAACUCCAAUUGUAAAUCUGUUCAUCGCGACUGGGUCUGUGCUAAGUCGCUGCAUUUCUUAAUGAAUGUCGCUGAUUUAUUAUUAUCUGGACAGUUAUCUACUCCUGAUGAAAUAAGCGCAGUGAUGGCACCAAAAAUGUCGUUAACAUUAUUCGACGAAUUCUUAUUUGCGGCGCGAGCUGAGCUAAUUCCAUCACCGUCAUAUUGGAGGACAUUAUCAGUUCUAUGUAAACGAUGGAGACACCAGGUACCAGUGUUAGAGAAUUGGGCACGAAAGGUGUUGUCUUUAUCCGUGCUAAUUGUUCAAGAGAUGUUUGGUACAGACUAUUGCAGUGUGAAGAUAGUGGACGAUGAGGUGAAGGAGUUUGUGAAAUUCGUUGGGCGACGAGCAGAGGACGAGUCGUAUUCGGUGCUGCACGUGUGCUGGUUUGAGAUGCUGCAUCUGAUCGGUAACCCGGCCAAUAUAGUCACGUUCGAGCCGUGCGCUGUGGGCGCCGUGCCUCAUACGCCCAUACAAGCGCUUCUUGCUACUGGUUUGUUUUAUUAUUAUUAUUAUUAUUAUUAUUAUUAUUGUUGUUGUUUAAGUGAUGAUAAGCAAUGCAUUUUGUUAGGUGGCAAAAUGGAUAGUGACGGAAGACCGCUGGUUACGGGACUUGGCGACGAGAUGAGUGCGUAUACUGCGAGUAAACUUCGGCAGUGCUUCUUCUUGGCUUGUGCAGCGAUAUCGAAACUCGUGGAUAUUUUUUAUGGUGAUUGCAAAGUAUCGGUGGAAUUCAGAGAGUCGGAAGAGUUGAUGCGGCAGUGGGCAGAAUGCAAUCGAGCCAAUUACGACGAGUGGUUGAAACAUCAACAGAUGAUCCAACGAAGCGCGAGUGGUUCGGUGAACACAAAUGCAGGAGGAGGUGAUAGCGGUACGUUGACAGCAGCCAACAUUCAACAAAUGCAGACGACAUCGUCAGCUGCUUCGACGUUGAAUCCUGCAAUGACCACUGCGACUAGCGUCACAACUUCGGGUGGCGGUACGUCUAGUUCAAACAUACUGAAGAACGCUUUUGGAUUGCAGUCAUCAUCGCACUCGCACACGUCAAAAACAAGAGCAGUGUCUGAGCGUUCGCUACAAACGCAGAGUGCACAAGUGCAUAGUGGCGGAGGUGAGUCACCGCCCGAGUUGGCUAAGCCGACAGCGAGUCAGUUCGUGUGGAACUACUUGAAAAGUAAUGCCAUCGAACGUCGCGAAACAAAACUGCAGCAGCAGCAGCACAGUUUGGGUGAGCAGCCAGGACCGAGUACAGGAGCUAUGCUAGAUAUGUUCAUGGACUGGCUGGUGAAAUCGGCAUUAAUCAAACCGUUGACGACGACGAGCACAUCGACAGUACAUUAUCGACAGUCGGGUGGAGCAGAUAGAUGGUGUUUUGCAGCAUUAUCAGAUGUUGGAAGUCAGCGUUCAAUGAGUUCAUUUGGAGUAGACGAGAAUCAGUUGGGCGAGUCGGGCGAGGGCAUGGCUGCGGGCUAUACGUCGACGAGUGAUUCUGCAGUGACGAGACGUUCUUUCGGUCAAUCAACAACAUCCUCAAGUGAAGCGCAGUGGCUAACCGCGCCCACAGAAUGGCCUGGGGUGGACGGUGUUUCGGCGGGACGUGCUGCUGCGAUCGGCGCCUUAUGUCGAAUCAUUUGUUCGAAGAACAGCCUUGAGACGCUAGCCGACUGCCAGCUAGCACAGUUUUAUAAAGUUGUGCAUGAGGCAUUACUUGAGAAAGAUCGUCUGAUAUUAUGUUCGGUAAUAUAUUUUGGCGAAAAUAUGUUUCGUUUGGGUUUGAAAGGGAUUGAAGUACUACUACCUCUUUUUGUGGUCGCAAUUGAUAUAGUACUCCCCGAAUCAACCAAACUCAGACUGCAUCCAUCAAUAAGUGAAGUGGAAAUGAGACGUGCGUGUCUUCGUGCUUUGUCGUCGAUUUUAAGUUGGCCAACUGUAUUCGGAUGUGCGCGUAUUGCUGAUCCAUCGCACGUCUCGUUCAGUUCAUCAGGAUAUAGCAUAGCAGAAGGGCAUUCGCAGUCUUACAUUGAGUUGAGACCUCGCAUUCAUCGCAUUCUCAUUUAUUCUUUACGACAUGAAACCGAUCCUGCAAACUUGCAUCUUACUUUGGCGAUGUGUAAUAUAUUGUGCGAAGAGAGUUGCGUGUACGAUAUGUGCUUCACGGCGGAGAGAUUAACGCGACAACAGGACGAGUCGAAGGCGUCGGAGGGUGCUGAGAAGGAUGGAGGUUAUUAUUGUGUGUCGUUGCUGAAAACGGUGGUGUAUGAGAUUUGUGAGAAUAUGUGCAAAGCGUUGUGGUGCUCUGAAUUGAGUGUGUGCUUGGCGGCGAUCGACUGCAUUAACUCAAUCACGAACAUACAUCCAAACAUAUUGUUUUAUAGAAAAGAUUUGUCAACGGGCUUUUCGAUAGUGACAUCGCUUUGUCGUUUCAUAGACACACAACUGCAGAAGCCGCCACCUCAGCAUUCCAGAGAUUUGCAUUCAUCGGUGGUCGCAGCAUACAUGAGUUUGGCUGUUUGGCUGUGUGCCGCACCGCAGUUGGUUGAGACGGAGUCGUGUUUAACGACAAUCGCUGAAACAAUCGAAUUUGGUAUUUACGGGGGCAAGAAUCUGGCAGUACCGCAACGCAAAGCAGCCAGUAAACGCGUUCACGAUGCGGCCGAAUUC